AGCAGGGAUAUUGAACAGUGAACUGUGCUUCAGGAAGUGGCUCAAUUAUAGAAAGAAAAACUGGAUUUGUUCGUUUCAUCAAGUUCUUAGUAAUUAGAUUGGAUAUAAACAUCUGUGGUGAGGCUAAACAUCCAGUGUUGGGCAGUGCUGGGACUUUGAAACUUGCUGCAGGGCUGUCAUUCCGUUGUUAAAGGUAAAAUACUCUUCACCGACGUCUUUGGGUUGGAGUUAGUAGCUGAAAACACAUGGACCUAAUGUUAUUGCAGCCUGAUUUUUUCGUCUUUAAUGGACAUACGUCGCUUUACUAAAGCCCCUUUUCCUACUCAAUUAACACCCGUUUCCUCGGUCGUUUUUCGGCUGCAAGAGUGAGUACAUGUAAAAGUUGAUCUUUAUUCACUCAGGUCUGUGCCGUCAUUGGUUCAGAGUGAUCACAUGACUGAUGCGAGCGCUCACUUCUCCUCUUCUAUUUCAUCGUGUUUUUUAAAAUUUGACCUUAUAUUUGUACCAGUCGACUGAAAAGAAGGACAAAGUGGUGAGUUUAAUUUCUGUUUUACGGACUGUCACUUAAACGCAACAUUGAUCGUCAGGACCGUGUUUGAGAUGAACACUGCAGAGAAUCUGGUCCGUGCUUCUGCUGUUAUAGUGUUAUCGCUUCUCGGCCUUUUGGCUAAGAUCAAGUGUAGUAUCUGUUCUUAUCAGUUUAAUAUCUGAUACGUCCCCUACCCGGGGACCAUAUAUUAAAUUGAUUUUUGGAACUGGGAGAUGGAAUAGGGGCUUGCUCCGUCCACUCCACGCAUCGACCUGGUAUUGCAGCACAUCCAGGAACGGUGCACCCCCCUCAUCAUGUUGAAAAAUAGAACUGACCUCUGCUACAGUGGCCAUUGUCUUUACGCCGUUACCGCCAUACAUCUGAUUACUACUAAUGAUAGUUAUAUGAUAGCUGUAGACUGUAUAUGAUAGGAUGUAAACACAUGUAACCCUUAAUGUUAAAUCAAUUAAAUGUUUGCAGUUCUCGUAAACACAAGUAAAUAGAUCUGUAUAUAAGUGCUAUGUAUAACUGUUAUUAACUAAAGUAUAAGUUAUGGGGGAAAGUGACAGUAUGAUAUUCUAAAUGUAAAGUAAUAAAAUGUAUCAAAUAAAUACCCCACAGGGUAUUAAAUAGGGUAUAAUACUGUUUUUUGUUUGUUUGGUUUGUGUGUGUGUGUGUGUGUGUGUGUGUGUGUGUGUGUGUGAGUGUGUGUGUGUGUGUGUGUGUGUGUGUGUGUGUGUGUGUUAAGAAAAAACAUGAUGACUAAACCCUGUGUGCAUGAGGUGGUAAGUUGAGUGUAAAAUAAGUAAAAUGGCUUCUAAAAUAUUAUUUUAGGGCUGAUCAUAGAUCAUACAAAACACUGCCGAUACAAUCACUAGGUUUGAUCAUUUUUAGACCUUGAGACUGGCAUAAAUGUCUCUGAUCAUGAUUAAACUUUACUGUAGUAAAGAGCUGCAGCCUGAAAUGAUGCUAACUGAUCUGAUAUUUUUAUGAUGAUGUGUCCUCAAACCUGAACAUACUGUAUGUUCACAAGUGUCUGCUUUGAUUUGGAUUCACAUCUGCAGAACAAAGACCUGAAUGUUGGUCUGAGUGGUCUUUUGCUCUGUGUAAAUCUGAUUUUUUUUUUUUUAAUCACAGGAGGAGGUAAACACUCAGGGGGGUGUGUCCCAGUCUGCUGACACCAAGAACGGGUGAGUAACAGGAACAGUGAUUUGCCUUCACUUCUGAAUUUCCUGCUUAUUAAAUACCAGUUUGAUGGAUUUCUAGAGACAGCAUUGCAUACACCUGGUUUUCCCUUUAUCUGAGAAGGAUACAAUGCAAUGCAUGGCAGAUUUUAACCCUGUUUUUAUGGUUCUGGUUGGGAGCAUAAGCGAGCCUGUGGUCAGUCCAAAAAUAGCUCCAGUCUGCUUCUAUGAAUAACAGCAGAGCUGGCAAUAGGAGGUUUGGUCAGAGCUCUCUGCUACUUGAACAUGUAGUUCAGAAAUUUGUUUUGUUUAGUUUUUUUUGGAAUUGAAUGAUAAAACCCUUUUUUUUUCCAGAAGAGGAAUUGUUUAGGCUGGAACUGGCUCAUGAAAAUGGAUAACUUUUGUUAAUAUUUAUAUUUUUAAAAAAUUUCAAGUAAGAAGUGAACUGUGAGUAAUUCUGCCUCUGUCAUUAGCCAGAAAGUUGAUUCAUCAUAUUUAAUAUUUUGGAAGAAUCAUUUUUCACUGAUGAAAAAAACCAGCAACAUGAAUUUUAUGAUUUUUAUUAUUUGCUGAUGUUAUAAAAACUUUGCUGAGAUGUUCAUAUUUUAAUCUGGGGCCACUGAUCUUUGGUUUUCAGCAAUUACACACAGUCGUGAUGCUUCUGAGGUUGAUGUCGACACAAACGUCAAGCUCUGUCAACUGUACAUUAGCUGAUCCUAACCCAGCUGACGGUUAUGUCUUAUUUGCAUCAAACAGGCAAAUUAAAAAGCAGGUACCAGCCUGCCUUCUUCUCCUGCUUCCACCCCAGCCCUUCUCUUUAAUAAUGCUGUCUGAUUUUAUCAGUCUCAUUUAAACUGACAAUCAUUGCUGCUCUGUUCUGGACCCUGGAGGGUCUUUGCUGCUGCUCUGGUAUCCUAUGUGUGUAAGAGGAAGAGCAGGGAUCUCUCAUUGCAUACGAAUCAUGUUCUUUGACUGACAAAGUCCAGCGUGAACUAAGGAUAAAGAAGCUGGGCUUUUAAUUUGUAAACACCUUUUGAAUUUGUAAAAUCAGACACGGCAGGAUUGUGAAAACUAAUGACUCUCAUCUCUGUCUAUUCACACUGUCACUGUCUCCUGCCUGUGUCUCUUCUUCUCAUUCAGCAGGUGAAUCCUUAAACAUGACCUCUCCAGAAAUCGCCUCUCUCUCCUGGGGACACAUGAAGGUGAAGGGAUGCUCCACCAACUACAAGGACUGUAAGGUUUGGCCCGGAGGCAGCCGGGCCUGGGACUGGAGAGAGACUGGGACUGAUGUGAGCGAAACUGGAACCCAAGCACCCAGAACAUUACGGAAAAACUACAACUCAAACAUUGAUGCAUGUACUCACAGUUUUCUCAUUUUUUUGCUCAGCAUCACCCUGGAGUGCAACCUGCUGACCUGGAAGAGGUACUAAAGAAGGGAGUGGACCUGCUGGUUAUUGGCAGAGGCAUGAGUGAAGCUCUGCAGGUAAGACAUCUCUAAAGCUGUGCUUUUAUUCAGACUUCACAGCUUUGAGAAAUCCCUGUGAGCUGUUCUGUAUUUGGCGAUGACAGCUUGGAGAAGUCAAGUACAGUAGAAAAGUCAGUUAUUUUCCCCCCUCUGUGUGUUUGUUUGUGCUCUCAUCUUUCGGUCAGGUCCCCUCGACAACUGUGGACUUUGUGAAGCAGAAAGGUGUUGAUGUCAGAGUCCUGCAGACGGAGAGGGCUGUCGCUGAGUACAACAAAUUGGCCGGCCAGGGUGCAAAGGUGGGCGGGGUCUUCCACUCUACUUGCUGAUGUGGUUGCCCUCAGGUUGCUGCACCGGCUGCACGAUUGGCAGGAGAUGAAGUAGGCUGCAUGACAGACUGAUCUCCACCUACUACACUAGCUCUGGCUCAAUUGUAGAAAACUGACACAGAAAUUGGUUGAAUCUUGAAUCUGAGACAUGAAUGCUUGCAUUUAACUUAAGCGAGGUAAAAAAAUAUGGAGGAAAGUCUAUUGACUCUAUUUUUGUGCCUCGCCGGCGGCGUGGUGUAGGCACGUCGUAAAUCGUGCCAACAAGGCGUGCCCAAGCACAUUUUGUAUGUUGGUGAGUGGCGCAGUCCGGCGGAAGUAUUCCCCCUCCCUAUCUCAGCUCCUCCCAGCUGCGUAAGUCGUAGAGAGGGAGGCGAUAAGGCAUGGAGUGGGUUUAACACAGCCGGGACCUGUUUUUUCGCCAAUCACAUCAGCUCCUCUCCUCGCCUUUGAAUCCACCACCGGCGAGGCGUAUUACAAUUUUCGUGAAGUAGUCAAAGAGAUCAAGAGAUGCCUGAAGACAGUAAUGCCACACGAUGGCGACAGAAGGCAGCUCCUCAACUAGUGUCGCUGUAAGCGCUGCAGAGGGCGUCCUCCACACUGUCUCAUAUGAGCACAGAGGGAUUUGGUGUGUGUAAUUUAAUUAAAAGGGUGUUUGUCUUACCAGUGGGUCCACAAAUAAAGACACUCACAUAAAGUUGCUCAUAUUCAAACCUCACGUGACAAAGGUGGGUUGUGCGCACAGAUCACAACAUAAAUUACAAUAAUGGCAUUAAAAUCGGAACCAUCAGUGCGUAAAUGACGCAUCACGCUCCGUGGCCUGGCUCUUUCUUUCAUAGAUGUUGGCAUAUAAAAUAAAUUUGGCUCACAAAACUGAAUAUUAUAAUAUCCGUAUGUCGGCUUAAAGUAAAUAACUCAUCUGAUCACUAAAACAAAUCAUCUGUUCAGCCGUUGCUGCAGCAGCUGCAGCAGGACGGAGAGAGGACACGGAGACAUGUCCAGGUCAAGCUGCGUGAGAAAUAAGAGGAAGAGGAAGAAAACAGGUUAUGUUAUUCGUCUCCCUCCUUUUCUAACUUCAUCAUGUGUGUCUAUUUACUAGAUAUUAAUUUAAUUUGAUGUGGUUUCAGCUGUGUUGAUUCGGUCAAGUUGAGUGUCCAAACGCAUACCAAAUGCGCUCAUCAGAUCAGAUAUAGAUCAAGAUAUAUCUAUAUAGAUCUAAAUGUAUGUGCUAAAACUUAAUAUUAGUUGUUGAUGAUUAUUUAUUGCACUGAAAUGUGCCUGACACUGUGGAAACCUGCCUGUGAGGCAUCAGUGACGUAUGUGCACUACGACGCCGGUCUACCAAAAUACCACUAAAAUACCACUAGACUAGCUGCGCUCUGCCUGCGCAGAAAGCUGACCAGGUUUGAAUUGGCAAGCUUUCAGCGCACUUUCUAUGCCGCCAGCGAGCACGAAAAUGGCACUGCGCCAGCUGAUUCUGUCGACACCUCCCCCUGCCGCGCCAUAACGCCCAGAUUUGCGGACCUAGGUGCGCCUCUGUCUAUGAAAAUAUCAAACUGUCUGUACGCCGGGCUCUGCCAGAUGAAAAUACCACUGUGUGGGGUCCGCCACCCUCCGCCGCACCGCCAGCAGGCACGAAAAUAGAGCCCUAAGCAUCAGUGACGUCAGUGAGAGGAAAGCAACACUUUAAAUAUUGUGUGCACAGCCUUUAGAGACAAUCUCUUUAUAUGGCUUUUUAGAGUAAAGUGACCAUUGAAAGCGUCAUCUUAAAUGUACAGAUUUGAUCGUGUUUUCAUUGAUGUUGAUGAAUGUGCCUUGUUUGUCAUGAGGGAAAAUGUACUUGUGCUUGUUUGCUAUAAAAUAAAAUCAGAGAACAAAUCUGGA